AUGAAAUAUCUAGGCAGAGUCGAACACUUUAUCCAGGUGUUAUCAUGGAUCUACUUACUCUCUGCUAUUGGUACAAAUGGAGAAACUGACUUCAGUUACCUAGCCGAAAUAAAGAGCUGUAUUACUUCUGAUGACUGUGGUGGAAGAUUUUGUUUCGAUGGACUUUGUUCUGGACUAGCUGGGAGCGAGGAAUCUAUAUAUUCAUGUAUAGCAACAGAUCCAUGUAUACUAAAAAAUAUUCCUGGACAUUUUGAACCAACUCGACAAAGUGCAUAUUCAAUAUCUUUAGUAUCUCCUUAUGAAUCUUGUACUGAAUCUAAAGGUGUUACUGGACUAUCUUGUACUGUAUAUUCAAAUAAUUUUUGUUCUAUCUACCUACCAGUUUCAUCUUCUUCUCUUGGUCUAUACAAACUAUGUGCAGAUAUAAAUUCAAUAGAUUCAUUUAAGAAUAACAAAUCAUCUAAGACAAUUCCCAUUGGUUACCUCAAUGUCCUAGGUUUUAAGGAGUGGAGUCCAUUAACUGGAAAUUUGCAGGAUAUUCUAAGCUCAAUAUCAAUGAAUAGCACUAUAAAGAGUAAAUAUACUAAUAAAUUGAAUUGUGUUGCAAAUGUUCCUUGUCCAAUAGGAUCAUUUGAGGGAUUUGGAAUUAAUGAUAAUACUAAAAUCAUGGAAGUUUAUAAUUCUAGCUCCUUCAAAUGUGGUGAGACUAUUCCUGAUUCCACUGUAAUAAAUAUACACAAAUGUAAACCAUUUGACAAUGGAAAUAGAUGUAUUUCGAAUUUUUUAUCUAGAAUAGUUCAAAUAAGUACUCUGUGUGGUUGUGUAGCUAACGAUGGUUCUAAAUGCUCACAUCCAUCAGAAUUUAAAACUCCUCUUGGAAGGAUUAUUUAUCAUCGUGGGAAUAUACCCCAAAAUCUUAUUAGUACACCAGGUAUAGAGUCUGAAAAACUUAAAAGAAAGCUCCAAGCUGAUCCAUGUGCAAGCUGUGUUAAUGGUUAUGGCUUAUGCUAUGGAACACCAACGACUUGUUAUGGAGGUUUUGGAAAUGAUCCUUAUAAUCCACCAAUAAUUCGUUGUGUAGAUGGAUAUGAUUGUCAUGUUAAAGGGAAGAUAUUAGGUGAACAGAUUACGACAAGAUAUAAAAUUGCAGCUAGUCCAAUGACAGGAUGUGGUGUCAGACUACUUGGAGGCGAUGAAUCUAUGUUUCGUUCACAAAAUUUAUGGAAUUGUCAGGGAGGAAAUCCAUUUGACUGUGAGAUUCACUUUGGAGUAGGAAGGAGAUAUAAUCGUAGUGAAUCCAGCUCUAAUGUUAUGUUACUAUGUGGUUGUCCAGAUUUUGCAGAGUCUGGCAUGCCCUGUGAUGAUCCUAGUGAAUUUUAUUUUCCUGUAGCCAAAAUUAUGGUUGUAGAAUGUAUAGAUAAUACACACUGUAUGCAUAAUGCAUUUGCUUCUUGUAAUUCAGCUACAAAUCAGUGCCAAGGAGUACUUCCAAGUGCUGCACAAAUAGGACUCGGGACUAUGCAAUGCUUAGCUCGGCAAUCUUGUACAAUUGCCAACAUUGGUCAAUUUAUUGGUGGUGAAAUGUAUCGUGUAAUUCAAACAGCUCCCUACGUAAAAUGUGGAGCUAAUGUAGCUUUAGACCCAGAAUACUACAGCAAGGUUCAAUAUCAAUUAGAAAAUACAGGACCUGGUGGUGCUGGAUUACCUUGCCUUGUUCAAGGUGAAGAUGAAGGUGGAGGCUCUAGCUGUGCAAUAAACUUAGGCACAAAUGCUAUUUUAGGAGUAAAUAGACUUUGUGGUUGUAGUGGAGUAGAUAGAGAUGGUAAUGGUAUUCCAUGUGAUUCUCCUGAAGAUUUUGAUACUGACUUGGGACUUAUGGACAUAGGAGAGUGUAAUGUAGAUCAAGACUGCAAAGUAAAUCAAGUUUGUACAGAGCAUAAGUGUUUGAAUGAUCAGAUGAUUCCUUAUCCUGUUGAAUUUAAACCUAUGAAUCAUUCAAUAUUGAUUCCACCAGUUCCAGAACUUGUUAUAAGAUUUAAUGAAAAUAUUGAUUAUCCAAAAGGUUGGCAACCCAGAAGACUCAUUAUAUCUAGCAAGAUUUAUUAUAAUACCCGUCCCUUGGAAAUUCUUAUUAUCCAAAAUAAAGACAAUAAGAACCCCCUAUCUACUCAAGUUGAUGAAAAGUUGCGUUCACUUGGAGAUUCAAGGUGGACAUGGUGGAAUCGUUCAAAAAGUCAAAAUUCCAAUAAUCAGAUUCCCGUUUUAUACAAUGCAGAAGUCAGGGGACAAAGACUUGUGAUUCGUUUCGAUAGUAGAACUCCACUUCCUGAAGAUAAUUAUGUUAUUGGAUUAGAGGCUGGUGCUAUAUCAGAUCUACAAGGAAACCCAAAUGAAGGAAUUUUUCACUGGACAUUUACUAUAAGUAGGAAUUCAUCAUGUCCAUAUAUGUAUGUUACAGGAUUUGCUACAAAUAAUGGAAAUCUUAACGGCCUCUAUACCCCUUGGAAAUCACCACAAAAUAAGCAUUCAGUUUGGUAUGGUGGGGAAGGCAAACAAUUUUAUGUUUACUAUGCAGAAGGAGACUCAGAUAUAAAUAAUGGUACUUGGGUUAUUGAUAGAGACUUGGAUAGUCAUGAUAUUUUGGCUUAUGCUGAAUCUGUUCUACCUGAUCCUAAUAAUCAUAUCCCACCUGAUAAAAAAUCAACAAUUUGGAAAAAAUGGACCUCUAUAAAUCCAACAGAUUCACCAGAAUGGUAUGAUCACCCGGAUAUUUCCAUUAUUUGUCGUUUUGUCCCAGAAAGUGGAUUUCCAUCUUUAAUUGGAAUGGAACCUACAUUGGGGAGUAUCAAUGUAUCUCCUUAUAAUACUACGAUUAAACUUAUAUUUAAUAAGCCAAUGACUUAUGGACACUGGGCAUGGUUUAAUAUAACAGGUAGGACAACAGGACAUCUAAUCCACAUUCCCACUGAUUAUGAAGCUCAGCAUCGUGGGAAAUCUAUAGUAACAAAUCAAAAUACUCAGGUAUUUUUAUUUCCUUAUGAACCAUUGAUUGAAGGUGAAGUUUAUGAUAUUACAGUUGAACUUGGAGCCCUUACAGAUUUAACAUACAAACCUUGGGGGAACGUUGGUGAGAAUCAGCUUUUUUUCACUACAAGUGGUAAUAUCUGUUCUCCAUUUGAAUUGGGAAGUGUAUAUAGUCAAAACAUAAUUCACCGCUACAAGCUUGUUUAUGAUAAUAAUCCUACUACUGAAGAAAAUAGAAGUGUUUCUUUUCCUGCAGGAACACGUGUCUUGCUAUCAUGUACUACAGGAUACUCUCCAAAAAAUAAUGAAUUAGAAGAUGGCAUAUUUGCUUGUAUUGAAGGGAAGUGGAAGCUUUUGACUCCACUUGAUUGUAUGCAACAGUGUUCUGCAUAUCCUUUACAUAAAGGCUCGAGUAGAGACUACAAAAUUAUUGAUGUAGAUUAUAUAUUUGAUAAACCAUCACUCCAUGGUACAGAAUUAACAAUAGCUUGUUCUGAUGAUAAUAAAAAAAAAGAGAAGAUUAUUUGUAAUGAUGGCACAUGGAGUACUUUGUCACUAAUAUGUGGCUCUACAUGUCCUCCAUUUAAUUUACCUAAUGAGAAUUAUGAGCUAUUAUCGGAUAAUAUUGUCUUGGAUUACUAUCCAAAUUCCAAAAUAGUGGUCAGUUGUAGCUUGGAAUCAAAUCCAAUGAUUGAGAAAUCUGAGAGUGGAUUACUUACUGAAUUUGAAAAUAGGUCAGCUACACUAGUUUGUGAGCAAGGCCACUGGAUUCCAGAGCUACCAUUCAAAUGCAUGAAGAAAUGCUUAGGUAUUUCAUUAAUAGACCCUAGUAAUGUAUAUAGCAUCUCUUAUACUACUAAACAAAAAGAAAAAACUGACUUUUAUAUUCAUGGAUCAAAGGCAAAAAUUAAAUGUUCAGAAGGGUGGAUGCACUCUAAGAAUAUUGAAUAUGUUGAUCUAACAUGUUCAGAUGGCUAUUGGACUUCGACAAAUAAUAAAGACGGGAAUAUUGCUAAUAUUAUUCCAAGCGAUUUUGCAUGUGAAAAAAGUUGCAAUGAUCUUGAUAUCUUCAAAAACAAUGCAUAUUCAAUAUCUGAAGUCAAUAAGAAGCGUGGAUAUCCUGGUUCUACUGUAAAGAUAUCUUGUAAUAGCGAAUUUGGAGUUCAACAACAUGGGACGAAACUGACUGAUAUUAUUGAGUGUCACAAGGGAUCUUGGGGAAUACCCAGAACUGUCUGCUUAAACCACUGUAAAUUACCUGAAGAAACAUUGGGACCAGCAUACAUAUUAUCUGAUAGAUCCUUGAUAAUAAAUAGUGGAUUUUUUAAACAUGGGACGAGAGCACUAAUAACUUGUUCAGAUUUUGGAAAUUUAGUUCAGGGAGAUGAUAGAGAUCAGUUUGCCACUUGUAUUAAUGGAGAUUGGGUCUUUGACAAUAUGUUGAUAUGUGCAUUGAAGUGCCCUGCAUUACAACUCCCUGCAAAAUAUAAAUUUAGAAAUCAAGAAUUCGGCAAUUUACCAGCAAAUACAGGAGAUAUGCGAUAUAUAACUUGUUCAAGGCAAAAUGAUUUGGAUAUUGAGGAAAUGAUUACCUGUAAAAAUGGUGAAUGGUACCCUCCAGUACCAAAUAUUGGAUGCUUCGCAAAUUGUUCACCUGGAGAGUUAAAUAAAUUUGGUCAAUUUUAUGAAAUAUCGACAGUUGAAAGUGGAUUAGAGAUUAAACAUGGCGGAACCGUAAAAAUACGUUGUAGGCCAGGAUUUGUAAGAAAGACAGGACCAGUUAGGGAUAUACUGAAGUGUUACAAUGGAAUUUUUCAAGAACCAGUACUAAUGUGUGAUCAACCUAGUUGUAAUGAUGGAAUCCAGAACCAGGGUGAAUAUGGAAUAGAUUGUGGUGGACCAUGCCCAAAACUAUGUCCAGAAUUAUGUUUUGAUGGAAUACUAAAUGGAGAUGAAGUGUCAAUUGAUUGUGGUGGCUCUUGUGGAACAGAAAAUUGUCCCUCCUGUAGUGAUGGAGUGAAGAAUGGUGAUGAGACUGGAAUUGAUUGUGGUGGCAGUCGUUGCCCAACUUGUAAACAAUGUAAUGGAUUUCCAAUUAAUAUUGUACCUAGGAAUACCCUUUUGAGCAUUGAUGGUGGAUUUACUUUUAUUGAGGAUUUGAAACAAGAGAUGCAUUUAAUUCAAAGUGGAAUGUUUGCUUCAGGAAAUGAGGUUCACAUUCGCUGCAUACCAGGAUGGAAUAGUCAUCUUAAUGUUGAAUCGAGAUUGGCAGUAGUCACAUGCAUUGAUGGAAGAUGGAUCUUACCUUCAGAUUCUGAAACGAUAUCCUUAGAUUGUGUACCACCAUCAUGUAAUGAUGGAAUUCAAAACGGAGAUGAAUGGGGUAUCGAUUGUGGUGGAAGUUGUAAUAAUCCAUGCUCUUCCUGCUAUGAUAAUAUCAAAAAUGGUGAUGAGAAAGGAGUUGAUUGUGGAGGAUCAGUUUGUAGAAGAUGUAACACUUGCGAUCCUAAUUUUAUUCGACAAUUAGAAGAUAAAGCAGAUUAUAAACUAAAAAGCUUACAAAUUGGGGAAACAUUAUUUGAACAUGGUUCCCAAUAUCAAAUUAGUUGUACAAAUAGUCCUCCAACUAUAACUGUAUCAUGUAACGAUGGUGAAUGGAUAGAUUCUAAUAUGAUCUCGACUUUGCCAUGCUUUAGCAGUUCAGGCAGUUCGGUAAAUACUAAAUCAAUAGAUAGAUUCGUUAUUGAUAUACCAAAACUAGAUAUUGGGAUUUGUGCAAGUUUGGAUACUAACUGUUGUCAAUUUGUUAAAACUUUUGUCUCUAUUUGGAGUGGAGAAUGUGGAACAAUGUAUCGCCAAGGAAGAGAUACAACAAUUAAAACAUUUUGUAGGGGCCCUUGUAUGAAACGUUUAUCAAGUGCUUAUAGAGAAUAUUCUACAACAAAAAUCGAUAAACCACUUUCUACAGAUUGUUCAAUUGCUGAAUCUAUUGCAGAUAUAACUCAAAAUCAUCUAUGCCAAACUACAAGCCCUGGAAAUAGCUGCUCAGUUUCAUUUCAUGAAACAUUACUUUUAUUACAUAAUCCUAAAGAUGUUAUUAAUGAAGUUCAGGAACUUAAGUUAGCAUGCGAACAAAACAGCUGCCACCGUAAGAACUUGCGCAUAAUGACUAUACUUUCUCAAAUAAUGACAACAAGUGACAAGGAAGAAAAUGUGGAAUAUGAUUUUAAUAAAUCAUCUCAACUAGGUUUUAAACAAAAGAAUAAAUUACAGAUGAUAUCAUCAUUUAAAAAUAAUGAAUACUGGAAAAUAAUAUUAAACCAAGGUGAGGCAGCAUUUGAUUUAUUUUGCCUAAGCAUUGAAAAUCCUGCAAAUAUAAAAGAGCCAUUUUCAUGUAUUAACAGUAUUAAGGAACUAUUUAGCUAUGAUUCACCGGUAGAUUGGAUUGAGGAAAAUAUAGUUAGCCAUGAAAUUAGUGGAAGUUCCCAAAAUAACUUGGUGAACCGUUGCACUCGAAAUUCACCAGAUGAUAUUUGCUUCUUUUAUUCUGCUAGAGUAUAUGGUCAACUCCUAAUUAAUGAGGCUUUAAGAACUAGGAAUAAGAAUAUUGAGCGUAUUGGACAUUAUUUUAGGUCUAUUGGUCGCUAUUUUUGUCAAGAAACUCAUACUGGAAGGUUUUGUGGUUCAAUGUUUUUCAAGCAUACACAUUCAAAUAGUGACUGGUGGAGCUCCUUUAAUAGCGCUGUAUAUGAUUCACUAGACUUAUUAGAUCCUUGCAAUCCAUAUAAUUUAAAUUUUGAUUGCAAGACAGCAUGUAAAAAGAAAAUAACCAACUUAAUAAAUGAAAAAGCUUGUUGCUUUUCAGUACAAUUAGAGCUGCAAAGAAUUCUUAUUUCACUAUCUGAAAUACCUGGGAAAAUUGUUCCAGAAAGAAGUAUUUAUUAUACAGAACAAAAGUGUGGUUUUACAAUGGAUAGAACCUGUGGAUCAGGUGUGAAACGUGAUGGUUUAUUGUUGGAGUUUAAAUAUGAAGAUUUAGACUACUUUGAACUUUCAAAUACUAUACAUGAGGAUAUACUGAAGAAAAAUAUUCGUGAGACAAUUGCAAAGUUUGUUAGUACGCCAGUUACUGAUAUAAUUCGUAUACGUACUUGGCCUGGGAGUUAUUUAGUAGAAGUGAUGAUUGAUGCAGGAUUAGCUACCAAAACAAUAUUAAAUAGUUUGGAAAUCAAUAAAGAUAGAUAUCUUAGUGAACUUGCUAAAAUCAGUGUUUUAGAUGCAGAUUUUGGUUUAAAAAUUAACAGGUAUAUCUUAUCUGAAUCAAGACAACUGUCAAAAAAGGCUCCACCUCCUAUUCCAUAUGUUGGUACAUUUGAUAUGGAUGACUUGAGUAAUCAACUUGAGUAUCCAUCUUGUGUAAAAUCUACUAUACAGAACCUAGGAAUCAAUGAUAAUAAUUUAGAUGCAUAUAUCAUUAGUGGUGAUAACUCUUUAAAGCAGGGAGCAUUUAGAAAUGUAAUAUGUGCCCCAGGUUACUCACCAGUUUCUCCAUCACCAUUAACCCAGCCAUUUAUAUGUGACAAUGGUAAAUGGAGAAUAACUCAGGAUGAACACAAAAUUCUUUGUAAAAAAAGCUGCCGAAGAUUUAAUUAUCCACUGACACAUAAUACUAAUAUGUAUGAUCAAGAAACUAUUAUACCAAAUUAUGGUCCAAUAAAUUAUUUGGAAAUGUCCCACUUUGCUAUAAAUGAUUAUGAAUUUGGAAAUUCUGAAUAUUAUCAGUCUAGUGGAUUAAUUAAUUCAAAUGGAGAGUUUGUUAGCUUAAAUUCAAGAGUAAGCACAAAUUUUUAUUUAAUUAGUGGUAUAGGGAUAAACCAUGGAUCAACGAGAUCUGUAGUUUGCUCAAAUGGAUUCGUAUCUGAUAAUCCUUACAUUGAAAGUGAAACCUAUGAGUGUUUAGAUGGAGAUUGGGUUUUUAAAAACCCACAAACUAGCGGAAAUAAUAACCAACAAUUAAUAGGUAAUCUCAAUUGUGUACAAAGUGAUCUUAUACAAAUGAGCCACUGUCGUGAAAGGUAUCUACUAAGUGUCUUAGAUAAGGAAAAAUAUCAAGUUGAAACAUUUUUUAAUUUGCAAAUUUAUGAUAAUUGGAAAGUACUCAAAAUAUUCUGCUCAAGAGGAUACGAAAGCCCUAAAGAACCACUUUUGCUUGCCUGUGCAAAUGGUACUUAUUAUUCAAUUGCUGGUGAUAGCACAACUUUGUCACAAGUAGAAGAUGGAAAUUUUAUGUACCAGCAAAUAAUUAAAUCAGUAUAUGGAGUAGCUACACCGACAGAUAAAUUUUCUAAUGAUCUUGUCAAACCAGUAAUCCCCUCAAUAACAUUUUCUUCGUUUCAUCCACUAAAUGAUGAAACUAUUCAUAUUAAUUCACUAAUAAACUGCGAGCCAAAACAAUUAAUAAAGUUAUCUGAAAAUAAAGGACUUUCUGGGCCUCUACUUUAUGCAGUCUUAUUUGCACCUCUAAUAACUGGUAUGAUAUUCUUAGCUAUGUUAUUCUGGUGUCGCAAGUAUAAAUGGAAAAAAAAGCCAAAUACUUCUAAUAUUCAACAUAAUACACUUGCUAUUUUAGAUGUUAAGCCUAAAAAUGAAGAAGUUUGUGAUCUUGAAACGGCAAGCCCUGAAUCAAGUCCUGAUCACUUAACUCCCGAAUUACAGCCAAGUAAAGUACCAAACUCAUAUUCUAAUCAAGGUAAAUCUAGCUUAGUCACAAAUUCAUGUGAUAGGGUGAAUACAAAGAAGAAAAAGUUAGAGAUAUCAGUUGAAAUGAAAAGAUAUAGAUACUGA